AUGGUCGCAGACAUGGUUGAUCAUGAGCUUCCCUCCGACGCACUGCGACUCGCCACCGAAGACCAUGCGACAGGAAAAGUCGAAUCGCGAAAGUCUUCGUCACAAGACCAGAGUACAGCAGAGGACACAAAAAACCCCGAGGAGGAUGAAAGCAAAGGAGGUCUGGGAGUCUACUUUCGGAUCUUUGGAUUUGGUGACAGCCUCGACUACGUUCUAUAUGCCAUUGGAAUAUUAGGUGCUGUUGUAGUCGGCGCUGCCUUACCUCUAAUGACUCUGGUGUUUGGUUCGUCGACCAGUUCUUUCAAUGGCUACGCAGUCGGUCAAGGCAGCUCGAAUCAGUUCCGAAACAACAUCAACCAUUUGGUUCUCUACUUUGUGUAUCUGUUCGUUGGACGUUUUGUCAUCGGUUAUGUGGCAACUCUCUGCAUCUGCAUUGCCGCUGCAAGGACCACAAAUGCCCUGAGGAAGGCGUUCCUGGAAAGUCUGCUCAGGAAAGAGAUAUCCCACUCUGACUUGCAAGGCAAUGGAUCUGCCGCGACACAGGUCACUACGAACGGUCAUCGCAUCAAUCAAGGCAUUGCCGAAAAGCUGUUUUCACUAGUCAUGGGCAUCUCGUUGUUCUUCUCGUCGUACAUCGUUGCGCUUGCCAUACAGGCAAUCACGAACGCCUCAUCAGCUGCUGCAGAGCUUUUUGCCAUCAUCGACAAGCCGUCUGUGCUUGAUCCCCUCUCUCCCGAAGGUAAAACACCCGACACCUGUGUCGGAGAGAUCGAGAUUCGUGACCUGUCUUUCUCGUACCCUUCACGACCCACGGCGCCGGUGCUCCAGGAUCUUAGCUUGCGUAUACCAGCUGGUAAGACGACUGCCCUUGUUGGACCUAGCGGAUGUGGCAAAUCGACUCUGAUCGGGCUACUGGAACGAUGGUAUCAGCCAACCUCAGGCCAGAUCCUGCUGGAUGGUCACGAUAUCACUACGUUCAACACGAACUGGCUACGUACCCACAUCAGGCUCGUACAGCAAGAGCCAACACUGUUUCAAGGCACGGUGGUGUCCAAUGUCGCGAAAGGUCUAGUAGGAGAGCAAUUGAGUUUGACAGAGGAGCAGCAAAUGCAGCUUAUUCGGGAUGCUUGCGUGGCAGCAGAUGCACAUGACUUCAUUCAGAAGUUUCCUGAGGGCUAUGAUACACAGCUUGGAGAGCGAGCAAGUAUGCUGAGCGGCGGACAACGACAGAGAAUUUCCAUUGCGAGAAGCAUUGUGGCCGACCCGAAGAUCUUACUAUUUGAUGAAGCAACAAGCGCAUUGGACCCACGCGCAGAAAGGGUUGUUCAGGCUGCGCUCAAUCGCGUUUCUGUCAACAAGACAACACUAAUCAUCGCACACAAACUCGCGACGGUCAUGGCAGCCGACAAUAUUGCGGUUAUGACCAGUGGGAAAGUGGUCGAACAGGGCACACAUAGCGAACUACUCGAGCGAGAUGGUCUCUAUGCAGCUAUGGUUCGUGCACAAGAUCUGGGAGCUGGCACCACCGAGAAGGAGUCCAAUGUGCUAUCACAGAAGCCAGAGGGAGAUGGCAACCCUGAAAAGACGAACUUCAUGGUUGACGCAUCCUCAACUAAAGAAGACCGCCUGAAGUCGAGCACAACACCAUCAGAAUCAGACAAACUCGUUGCCGGUACUCUCAACUUUUCGCUGAUCAGAUGCAUUCUCAUUAUGCUCAAAGAGCAUCCAGAUUUGUAUCCGUGGUAUGUACUCAUCACAUUGGUCUACUUGACCGUUGGUGGUACCCAGCCAGCUCAAGCCAUCAUAUUCUCUCGUCUUAUCCGAGUUUUCACACUCGAAGGCUCGGAAGCCAAACGACAGGCCGAUUUCUUUGCCCUCAUGUUCUUCGUUCUGGCACUUGUGAAUCUUGUUGGUUAUUUCCUAAUUGGAGUAUCCUACAAUACGCUUGGUCAGAAACUCACUCAUCGCUAUCGUCGAGAAAUGGUCGAGCGUAUCAUCCACUUCGAUCAGGACUUCUUCGACCGGCCUGAGAACUCUUCUGGCGCGUUGACUGCCAAGUUGUCUUCGGUCCCGUCUUCGGUACAGGAGCUGAUGUCUGCUAACCUGGGUUUGAUGCUCAACGUCAUAGUCAACAUCAUAGCUACCAGUAUAGUAGCCAUUGCAUUUGGCUGGAAACUAGGUCUCACGCUAGUCUUUGCUGGACUUACUGUCAUUGUUGCUGGAGGAUACAUCCGCAUUCGACUGGACCAGAAGUUGGAAUCUUCGACAGAAGAGCAAUUUGCAAGCAGUGCUGGCUUGGCCUCUGAAGCCGUGUCCUCGAUAAGAACCGUCAGUUUCCUCGCACUCGAAAAGUCUGUGAUGCGCGAGUACAGCGAAACGUUAGAUGGUAUUGUCAACAAGGUCAUUCGAAGUCUGUACUCUACAACUCAAUUCUUCGUCAUCUUCUUGUGCGUCAUAUUCGGUGGCCAAGGAGCAGCUCAAUUCUUCGGCUACACAACUUCAAUCACAAAAGCACGAGGUGGUGUAAAUUACGUCCUCUGGCUUCGCACCAUCAAACCUCAAAUCUGCGAGACGGACGAAAACAAAGGCAAAGGACCGCAAGGAGACGCUGUGAAUAUGGAACUGGAGCAUGUUGAUUUCCAGUACAAGCAACGCAAUGUUGCAAAAGUUCUGAGCGAUAUCUCGAUGAAGAUCAGCGCGGGAACAUAUGCUGCAUUUGUCGGUCCCUCUGGUUGCGGCAAAAGUACUAUCGUAUCUCUUCUCGAGCGCUUUUAUGAUCCAACAUCGGGUCGCCUCACGCUAAAUGGCGAGGACAUCUCUCUCAUGUCUCCUAGACAGUAUCGAAGCUGCAUGUCGCUGGUCCAACAAGAACCGCCGUUAUACAUUGGCUCAGUGCGUCAGAAUAUCACAAUCGGACUAGACUACGAACCCUCGGAUGCAGAGAUUUUGGAGGCUUGUCGUCAAGCCAACGCUCUGGACUUUGUCACUUCAUUGCCAGAGGGACUUGCAACACCGUGUGGUUCUCGUGGUCUACAAUUCAGUGGAGGUCAGCGUCAACGUAUCGCUGUUGCCCGAGCACUGAUUCGCAAACCCUCCCUGCUGCUUCUCGAUGAAGCGACUUCCGCACUGGACACACAAAGCGAGCGUGUGGUGCAGAAGGCACUGGACGAAGCGGCUGCUGGCAGGACUACUAUUGCUGUUGCCCAUCGAUUGAGCACUAUCAGGCACGCUGAUGUCAUUUUUGUGAUUGAGGAUGGCAAGAUUGUGGAGAUGGGAACACAUGAGGAGUUGCAAGGAUUAAAAGGAAAGUAUCAUGCUAUGUGUCUAGCCCAGACUUUGGACCAAGCUUGA